UAAAACUUAAACAUCUUGACAUUUAAAGACGUCAAAAUUGUCAAAUCGAGUUAUGUUUUCGUUUAGAUUUUUGAUCGUUAGCACAUAAUUCUAAAAAUAAAACAACUUUAAACCAAUAACAAAAAAACAUGUGUGACAACCCCCCAACAUUACUCAACGCGUGCCUGGAAUACAUUUGCGAUAACAUGGGUCUAGUUUUCCAACCAAAUUACGUAUACAACACGGAAUAUUCUUACACAUUUCGAGAUCAAAACAUUUCCUUAUGCACGGAACUCUGCGAACAGCUCCUCGAACACUUGGUGGAGAAAGAUUGCAUACGAGAUUUAUCCGUAUCAAUAUUCACCAAAACGAAUACCCGUCUAAGACGAGUAAAAUUAAAAGACUGUCAGUAUUUAACAUCCGACGGAUUUGAAGUUCUUUUAAGACACAAUGUCCAUGAAUUUGAAUGUGUUAAUGUAAAUACAACCCCAAUUGAUAUUGUUUUAGCAAAUCUAAAUGAAUGGUCUGUUAGAAAUUUAAAAAGUUUAAAUAUUUCAAAGUAUAAACUUAAUAAAAAGGACAGUCGAACACUUAAUUCUUCGAUUUGGGAUAGAGCAAUAAAUCAAAUUACAAGUUUGGAGAAUUUACGAUCGCUUAAUGUUGCUUAUACAGAGUUUAAUCAAACAUUGUUGGAGGUUAUUUGUGAUAAAUUAGGGUUUUUGGAGAAAUUGAAUAUAUCCGGGACUCUUAUUGUAGAUUUGAAACCUUUAGUUGGGUUAACGGAACGAUUAAUUAUGUUGGGAAUUAGUGAUCUAGAUUUAUGCCCACCGAACGCCAACCACAUAAUUAAUUUGACCCGUUUGAAACACCUCGAUUUGAGCUUAAUAAAUAAAAAAUCGGAGCACGUUGGGGACAACAUCGUGAAAAGAAUUUUAUCAAACCCGGAAGUUUUACCCGACCUAUAUCUUUUGGAUAUAUCCGGCUGGAAAAACCCAUCCGAAAAAGACGUUUUAAUCAAAUUCAUUCAAUCUCACCGCAAAUUAGAGUGCCUCGGCUUAGUUACAAACCCGAUUGCGAACGAUCCUUAUUUUAAUAGUAAUAACGAUACAAUUAAGAGAAAAUUUUUAAUCGCCGGGUUAGGAAGCGACGAGCAAAUCUCCCGCACUUUAAUUUUAUACGAAGAUAAAGCUUAUUUCGUCCAAAAAGCUUUGUACCAUUUAUUUCAGUUAACCUCAGGGUUCGAAGGCCCCCGCCCGGAUAUGAUCCAACAAGUUUUAGCGGCGAUGAAACGACACUCGACGAAAUUCGGAGUUCAAGUCGCGGGAACCGCUUGUUUAUACAACUUAACUCGAGCUGAUUUAGCAAAGAAAAUCCACCCGAGUCUCCUCGCGAGAGGAGUUUUAUUAAUUUUAGACGCGAUGACCCAAUUCCACGAUGAAUACCAAUUACAAAAAAAUUCUUUAUUAAAUUUAUGUAGCGACCGGAUUUUACAAGAGGUUAAUAUCGAUCGAUUUCGAUGCGCCCACUUAGUUUUAGACGCGUUGUGUUCUUUCGACGAAGCCGAUAUUAAGCGGAUGGCCGUCGCGAUUUGUAGUAUUUUAGCCGCGAAGAUCUCAACGGAGCAAACCUCGCAAUUAGGGGCAAAACCCCUUUAUAUGUCGAAUUUGUUAGCGAUGGUUGAGAAUCGGGUUGAACUCAAACAAUCCGAUAUCACGUUAAAAUUUACUUUAUCUGCUUUAUGGAAUUUAACCGAUGAAAGCGCGGCUACUUGUUGCGUUUUUUUGGAACACGGAGGGGCUAAUUUAUUUCUUAAAGUGUUGAAAACGUUCAAAAAUGAUAGUACGAUAGAAACGCGCGUUUUGGGGCUUUUAAAUAAUAUAGCCGAAGUGGAGUAUUUGCGCAAAAAUUUGUUCAUCGAAGAAUUAAUAAAUGAAUUGUAUUUUUUGUUGCGCUCCGAGUACAUUGAUGUUAGUUAUUUCGCCGCGGGAAUAAUCGCGCAUUUAGCGUCCGAUGGCGAAGAGAAUUGGGGGGUUAAAAUGUAUAAGAGGAAAGAGAUGUUGUCGCAACUCGAAGAGGCUAUAAACGAGUGGAGUUUACCCGAAUGCGAGAUGGUUGCUUAUCGAAGAUUUAAGCCGUUUUUCCCGCUUUUGGAGGAUCGAGUUGAUUAUCAGGUGCAGUUAUGGGCUGUUUGGGCGAUUUACCACGUUUGCAACAAAAAUCCAACGAGAUAUUGCAAAAUGUUAUCUGAAGAAAAUGGGAUACUUCUGUUAAAGCACUUGGCUUACUCCGACAACUCCCAUGUGACCAUUAAAAAGAUUACUCGCCAAGUUUUGGGGAUUGUUGAGGAAAAUCAGCGUUGAAGAAUCAAAUUAACAAAACAAGGCGUUUCGAACGUUUUGUGUUUUAGUCAAUUUUUGCAGGAAUAAAUAAAUAAAGAUGUCACGUGCCAAGAUUUGACUGCGGAAAAAGUGUUGAGACACUAGUCAAAAAAAAAUAUAUAUAUAUAUAGAUAGUUAUUAUUUAAUGUAAUUAUUAAUUAAUAAAUAUUUAAAUUAUU